AUGUUCGUGACGUCCAGGCACGAAAAUGACAAAGUCCUCGUCCACGAGAUCCCAAUUCCCGAACCCAAAAAAGACCAACUCCUCGUCAAAAUCACCGCCGCCUCCCUCUGCCACUCCGACCUCAUGAUGUCCCGACGCCCCUCCGGCCUCGGGCCCCUAACAAUCGGCCACGAAGGCGUCGGCGUCGUCUCCAAACUACACCCCUCCUCCGAAGGACACGGCUUCCGCAUCGGCGACACGAUCGGGAUGAUAUGCAUCAUAGACGCAUGCUACGAGUGUGAAGGGUGCCGCGUGCAUGGAUCUUUCUGCGUUGGGUCGAGGAAGGGCGGCGCGAAGAUUCAGGGGUUGGCGGCCCAUGGGUAUUUUGCUGAGUUUGCGGUUGUGGAUUGGAGGAGUGCGAUUCUUUUGCCGGGGAGUUUGCCGGUGGAGAGGAUGAGUCCGUUGUUUUGUGCAGGGAUCACGUCCUUCCACGCCGUCGACAAAUGCAGUCUCGAACCCAGUCAAUGGCUCGCGAUCGUCGGCUGCGGUGGCCUCGGGCAGUUAGCAGUCCGGUACGCCAAAGCCAUGGGCCUGAAAAUCUGCUGCUUAGACGUGAACGACCAAGUCCUCGAGACAGCCUCCCAGAACGGCGCAGACGCCAUAUUUAACACCCAAAAAGACCCCAAAUUCGUCAGGAAAAUCCGUCAGUUGACCCAAAGCCGUGGCUGCCACGCCGCUGUCGUCUUCAGCGAUGCAGAAGCAGCGUACACCACCGCACAGAGAAUUUUGACGUUCGAUGGGCUGCUGAUGGUCGUGGGCAUGCCAGAUACUCCCCUGAAGUUUCCAGCGUUCGCCAUCUCGACGAACCUUAUUCGUGUCAAAGGGGCGAGCAAUGGGACGGCGGCGGAGUUGAAGAAGGCUGUGGAUUUCAUGGCGAAGCAUCAUAUCGUUCCUGAUGUGCAAUUUCGGCCGUUGGAGGAGAUGCCGCAGAUGUGGUGGGAGAUGGCGAAUGGCAAGGCGAAGGGGAAGUUGGGGGUUUCUUUUAUUGAUGCGAAGAGUAGACUCUGA